CUCGCUCUUUAUUCUCCACGCUCUUUUAUGCGGCGCGUCGCUGUUCCUUAUUAUCGCUCUAUGCAAGCAUUGCCAAAAAGCAGACCAAUCAAAAAUAGAGACAGCGCAAAUGCCCACUGCUUCUCACCGUGCACUUGUUUGCCUCGCCGGUGACAGAAUUUAAUUAAUCACCCGCUUCUUUUUUUUUUUGCUAUUCUCUCCCUCGAAAUCAUCCUUUUUUUAAAAAAAAAUGGAUUUUUAGGCUUUCUGAUUUUUUUUGAUUUUGAUUUGGCGGUUGUUUCUAUGAAGAUUUGAGAUUCCUAAUCUCAUGUUCUCUCCAGCGGCACAAUAUUGUGAACCAUUGACAAGAAGUACAAUAAUGGAGGCACGCCCUGCUUUAUCCAUUCAGAUGUCAGGUACGAAACAAUUGGGUAACCAUGGGGUGUCACCAGCACUAUCCUCGUCUUUUCCAGUCCUUCCGACUUCUUUAGAGGGGACCUACCCCAAGUUAUCAGACUCUCAACAUGUUGCUAUAGAAAAGGGUCUUAUUACAAGGCCUCUUGCCCAGACAAAUCAAUUAUCCUCAAACAGUGGAGUAGUUGGUCACUUAUUUUCAUCAUCUGCAGGCUUCUCAUCAGAUCUUCAGUUCUCUCCUGUUUCACCACAGGAAAAACAUUCUAGAAAUAAUCCUUUCAUUUGUCAAUCACCAAAAAGUGCGACAGCUUCGGCAAUGCUGGAAUGUCCACAUUCAGGGCUACUUCAAUCUACAGCAUCAAGUCAGUAUGAUAAAGAAACCAGUGCUUCCUGGUGUCCGGAGUCAUUACCGGGUUUUCUUGAUCUUCCUUUGGAAUCCCUUGUUCAAAAUAAUCAAAUACAAAGUAACAGUUGCAGUGGUGCCAUAGUAUCUGAAGAAUAUAAUAAACGAAAUGAUUGGCAGGAAUGGGCGGACCAGCUAAUCACUGAUGAUGAUACUAUGACAUCUAAUUGGAAUGAGCUUCUUGCUGACAACAGCGUUCCAAACAUAGAACCAAAGAUGGCGUACCAGGUGGUAAAACUAGCUUCAAAUAUUCCAACAAAUCAGCCCCAAGCUAUUCAGCAGCUUCCUGCCCCAUCUGUCGACAUUCGUCCUGUUCUUAACCCCACUUCCUCGGUAAAUAAUGCCCCAUCAAAGCCACGCAUGCGUUGGACACCAGAAAUUCAUGAAGCCUUCGUGGAAUCUGUCAAUCGUCUUGGUGGUAGUGAACGCGCUACUCCAAAAGGUGUGCUGAAGCUCAUGAAAGUUGAAGGCUUGACUAUCUAUCAUGUUAAAAGCCACUUGCAGAAAUACAGGACAGCUAGAUACCGACCAGACUCAUCAGAGGGAUCCUCAGAGAAAAAACUGACUCCCUUUGAAGAUUUAUCCUCGCUUGACUUGAAAACGGGUAUAGAGAUUACGGAAGCUCUGCGAUUACAGAUGGAAGUUCAGAAAAGGCUGCAUGAACAACUUGAGAUUCAACGGAAUUUACAGUUGCGUAUAGAAGAACAAGGAAGGUACCUUCAAAUGAUGUUUGAGAAGCAAUGCAAGUCGGGUCCCGACAUGAUGAAGGCAUCAUCAUCCGCUUCGGAAAACCCGUCUACUCUAACUUGCGACUCAGUUAAGGAUUCCCCCGCUAAAAGUAAAAUGGAUGCCUCCCAAGCGGAUCAUAAAAGCAAGACAAAUGCUGAAGCAGUUAUUACCAAGUCUAUAUCGGAAAAAAGACCACAUGAUCCCAGUGAGAAGCAAAAGUCACCUCAAUUUGAAUCUUCGGAGAAUCCUGAGCCAGAAAACGGCGAGUCAAAUUUGCAAUCUGCUAAGCGUGCAAGAAUAGAUGUCUAAAACAUAGCCAUUACAAUACCGACAAAAUGAUAGAUUCGAGGAAGACUUGGAAUCUUGAGUAGGAGGGGGGAACCUAGUUGACUUGAACAUAAUCUAUAGAGCAGCAGAAGUUUGAGAUCCUUCGGCUUCUGGUUUAAACUGUCCUUACAUGAAACUUGCAUGUCUGCACUUUCUUUUAACACUAUUUAGUUGAUAAAUGAGGUUGAUGAGAAAAGUUUUGAUGAUGAUAAUCUGAAAUUUCCUGAUGUGUAUUUAUUUUCUGAAGUGAGAUCAGAAAACUUAUUGUAUAAUGGGGUGAAUGAGUUUGCUCAUUUCCAUGGCAA